AUGGGUGCUCGGUCUCUGCUGGUGCUGAGCUUGCUCUGUGUGUGGGGUGCUGUGAGGGCUGAGGAUACAUCUGAUGGAUACAAGGCUCCUGAAUUCUGUCGCAAAUCUGAGUGUCCCAAGUAUCAACUGGUGAAAAAAUAUGACGUAAGACUAGAGGGAGAAUUGAUUGUGUGUUUAUCCUACUCUAGCAACUAGAUAGACCAUUUUAUCACUUGUAUGCAGUAAAAUAUUGUUAGUUAACGACACAAUAUGAUAUUUUAAUUUUGAGCCAGUCUGGAUGUCUUACGAACAACAUGUUGCAUGAUAUGUAAGAGGUAUAGGAAGUUUGCAAAUCCAGAAAAACUUUAUCAGUGAGAAUACAGAGGGCUUAAAAGGGCAAUAUUAACAAGGGAAUUAUAUAUUUUAAACCCAAAUAACUGAGCUGGUGUUGCUGAUUUGUUUUUCUUAUUUAGCAAUUUUGGUCUAAAAGUGCAGCUGCCUUGUUAGUUCUCAAAUAUUGCUGAUUCAAUUAAUACACUUUAUUAUAUUUGAGAAACUAUAAUGAGCUAUUGAAUGCUUCAAGUAGCUCUCUCAUCAGACUAUAAAUUGAGUAUUUUGUAAAUAAAGAACCUUUAUGAAAUACUCACAUUGACUGUGUUGGGUUUUACGGCACCAGGAGUUGAAAAAAAAAGAUGGCGUCUCCUGCAGGGGACAGUUUCAAGUAAAUAUAUCUACCUUUACUGUACCCCCAGGCCACCGCACCCCAAGCUGGGAUGUAACAUUCAGAAGUCUUUACAAAACUUGCAGGGAUGCCUAAACAUGACAGAGUGGCUUUCAUAUUUGUAAGAGUUAACAGGAAACCUCCCAGGUAGUCCCAUAUUAUAUAAAACAUCUGCAGUGCAUUAGAAAAGCAGAGGUCAUUCUAACCACACAUUUAUAUAAUUCUAAAUGGUAGAAUACACAACAAGGGUACAGAGUGCUCAGAUAGGCAUCUUCCAAUCACAUUGCAUCAUGGUGUAAUCUAAUAGAAUGACUCACAAUAUUUGCCAUUAAACAACCUUUGAGCCAUGGAUUUAGCUAUGGCUGUUAAUGACUACUUUUAAACACUUAUUGAACAAAUGUUAUUAUCACAAGCCAUUCACUUUGUGUAGUAUAUAUACAGGGCCGCCAUCAGGGGGUGACAACCAUGACGGUUGUCACGGGCCCGGCAGCCCCCUGUUUAAAAAGUUUGAGGACCCCUGUCAUUAUGUAUGUAUGUAUGUAUGUCAUUAUAAAUGUUUGUCUGUAUGUAUGCAUGUAUGUCUGCAUGUCAUUAUGAACAUAUGUCUAUGUGUAUGUGUGUAUGGAUGUCAUUAUGCAUGUACGUCAGUAUGUAUGAAUGUAUGUAUGUAUGCCUGUCAGUAUGUCUGUAUAUAUGCAUGUAUGCCAGUAUGAAUGUAUGCCAUUAUGAAUGUAUGUCUGUGUGAGUGUGUGCAUGGAUGUCAGUGUCUGUAUGUCUGUAUGAAUGUAUGCCAGUAUGAAUGAAUGUAUGUCUGUCCAUAUGUAUGUGUGUAUGUAUGUCGGUGUAUGUAUGUGUAUGUCCUCAUGCAUGUGUGUAUGUAUGUAUGUUAGUAUGUGUCUAUGUGUCACAAUGUAUGCCUGUGUGUCGGUAUAUGUGUGUAUGUCUCAGUAUGUGUGUGUCAGUAUGUAUGCCUAUAUGCGUUUAUGUCUGUUUCAGUAUGUGUGUGUGUGUAUCUGUGUCCUUUUGUAUCAGUGUGUGUUUUUGUGUCUGUGUGUGUAUUCCUGUGGGCGGGAUUGGAGGCAGGCCCCAGGGGGCCCAGAUCCUGAGCUGAGUUAGGGGCCCCAAAAUUUCUGGUGGCGGCCCUUUAUAUAUAUAUAUCAUAUAGUGCACUCUGUCCAAAGAAAGACACCAUCAAAUGUAACAAAGUACUGUAAAGCUAUGGUAUAUAAUAAUAAUUAUUAUUAUAGGCAGUCAGAGACUUACUUACCAAGUUGUAUUCCUAACAGUAUAGUGCCCUCUGGUUCCCUACUCCCUCGCACCAAUACUUCCUGCCUUUGUUUACUUACCCGUUUCCAGCGCUAAUGUCCAUCGACACUAGGUCAUCUGAUGUGGGGGACACACAUAAUGCGCAUGUGCCGUUAACGCAUUAAGCCCUCCCAAUAGGAAAGCAUUGCCCCAGUGCUUUCCUACGCGUCGUCCCCGAUGGUGGAUGUCCUCAUGCAUAGUGUGAGGAUGUCCAGCGUCAUUUAGGGGUCCGAUAGUACGGUAAACUCUCUGAAGCGCAUCUAGUUUUUGUCUCAAAAACUGCAUUGUUUUACACAGAAGUACUAAGGAGGACAGAGAGGACAGAGCACCCAGAAUAUUUUAAUGAGAUCAAGUGGUCUGGGUGCCUACAGUGUCCCUUUAACGGGGUCUGUUAUGAAAAUAUAUUAUUUGAUCAUAAAUAUUUUUUAAGGGUUACCCAGCCUAUAAAUACACAGACUGCCCCUUCCUCUGGGCUGAUACUGCCUAGUUCAGUACAGAACCAUCUACUUUUGGUUUAACCCCUUAAGACCGGAGGGCGUACAAUUACGCCCUAUUUUAGGCGGCUCUAAACACCGCUGGGCGUAAUUGUACUCCCUCCGGUCUUUCUGUACUUACCCGGUCGCCGGCGAUCCCACGCCAGCGAUCGCGGCUCGGGGGACUCCCAGGGAGCCCCCCACGGCACGUCCGACCCCCUGGAGGCCCCCUGGCCAUGUGAGAGUGAGGUCCUUGCGAGGACCCCACAAUCACAUGGCCGGGUAGGCUGCCUGCUGCAUUGCCAGCAGGGGGGCUGCCUGUAAUGACAGGUGGUCCCCCUGCUGGCUGAAAAUAAAAAUAAAAUAAUUUAAUUAAGUGUAAAAAAAAUAUAUAUAUAUACUUAGAUCAUAUCUAUAUAUAUUAUAUAUAUAUAUUAUAUAUAUAUGAUCUAAGUAUAUAUAUACACAUAUACAUACACACACAUAAACUGUCUAGGUGUAUUUUACUAUAAAUAUAUAUAAUUAUAUAUAUAUAUAUAUAUAUAUAUAUAUAUAUUAAUAUCAAAUUACACGUAGACUGAUACUGAUUAAAUAUAUAUAUAAUUAUUGUUAUAUAUAUUUAUAUAAUAUAUAAAAAAAUUAACUAUGUAAAUACAUUAAAAAAUAAAAUUAAAAAAAUAAUUUAAAAAAAUUAUAAAAAAAUAUAUAGAUGUGUGUUAUUUAGUUCUAACUGUAUAUAUAUAUUUAUAUCAAAAUACACGUAGAACGAAAUAAUCUAUAUAUCUACAUACAUAAAUAUAUACGUAUAUAUCACUACAUAUAUACCUAUAUAAAAAUACAAAUAUUUUUAAAAAAAUGAUAUAUAUACACAUAUAGAUUCACAUACAUAUAUAUAUAUAUAUAUAUAUAUAUAUACAUAUAUUAAUUACAUAUAUUAAUUAUAUAUAUAUAUUUAUGUAAUAUUUUUACAUAAUUAGGUAUCUUAAUUACAAUUAGCGUGACCUGCCUGACAACCCAUGCCGAAAGUAAAGGGAAUUUAAUUUGCUAGCACUAUAUUUAACCGUAUAACUUUCCAAGACACCAUAAAACCUGUACAUGGGGGGGUACUGUUCUACUCGGGAGACUUCGCUGAACACAAAUAUUAGUGUUUCAAAACAGUAAAAUGUAUUACAACAAUGAUAUCGCCAGUAAAAGUGCAGUUUUUUGCAUUUUUCAUGCACAAACAGCACAUACACGGACGAUAUUAUUGCUGUGAUAUUUGUGUUCAUCAAAGUCUCCCGAGUACAACAGUACCCCUCAUGUACAGGUUUUAUGGUGUUUUCAAAAGUUCAGCGUCAAAUAUAAGGCUUGCGUUUCAUUUUUUUCACAUUAAAAUUCGCCAGAUUGGUUACGGUGCCUUUGAGACCCUAUGGUAGCCCAAUAAUGAAAAUUACCUCUAUGAUGGCAUACCAUUUGCAAUAGUAGACAACUCAAGGUAUUGCAAACGGGGUAUGUCCAGUCUUUUUUAGUAGCCACUUAGUCACAAACACUGGCCAAAAUUGUGUUUUUUGCAGUUUUCACACAAACAAAUACUAACGCUAACUUUGGCCAGUGUUUGUGACCAAAUGGCUACUAAAAAAGACUGGACAUACCCUAUUUGCAAUAACUUGGGUUGUCGACUAUUGCAAAUGAUAUGCCAUUAUGGGUGUAAAUUUCAUUCCUGGGCUACUAUAAAGUCCAAAAGGCAACGUAACCAAUCUGGCGAAUUUCAAUUUCAAAUGUAACGUGCUAUAUUUGACCCUGUAACUUCCCAAAAUUCCAUAAAACCUGUACAUAGGGGGUACUGUUUUACACGUGAGACUUUGCUGAAUACAAAUAUGUGUAUUUUAUUGCAGUAAAAGCAAACAGUAUUAAGACAGACAGCUAAAAUGUCAUGUAGAACUAAAAAAAUAAAAAAUAAAUCUUAUUUUCUCCAAUGUUUUUCAUAUUAAAUUAUGUUUCAUAGCUAAAUAUUUGAUAUUAAAUGAAAGCCCUGUUUUUCCUGAAUAAAAUUAUAUAUAAUAAGGGUGGGUGUAUUUACUAUGAAAGAGGUGAAUUACGGUUGGACAGACAUGUAGUGCAAAUGCCAGGUUUUGUUUACAUGUUGUUUCGUUCACAACGAGUACAAUUGGCUCCGUCCUUAAGGGGUUAAAGGUCGUCAACAAAAACUACCUAAACUCAAAUACAAUUUCAUCUCCUCAUUUAGGCAAUUACAAAAACUGUUUCCAUCUUUACAAGAGUCUACUACAAGCAUGUCAAACUCAAAUGCUAGCAUUGGCCAAAUAAACAAGGUUUAAGUUUAUGUGUGCCGCAAAAAAAACAACUUAAAUUUUUAUAGAAACAGAGAUUUGUUUUGAAAAGUACAGUAUAAAAAAAAAAAAUACAGCAUCCCCGUCUACUAAACCCCAGUUCCCACCUCUAUACUAAUUCCCAGUUUCCCUUCUACUAAAUCCCAGCACCCCCCUCUACUAAACCCCGGCCCUUGUUUAAAAAAAACAAAAAAAACCUAUUAGCCAACAAGCAGACUCCACUCACAUUGCCGCUGCCAGUAUAUGACUCCGGAGUCCAGCCUCUGGUAUACCCCCAAUGGCACCGUCCGCACCCUGUGCGAAAGCGGUUCCUCCCACUACUACUUGAAACCCUGUGACGUCACGUCGGAAUGUGACGUGCCUCCGUGCACCUCCAGGUCCUCCACUGCCCAGCCGCGGCCAUCGCAACACUGACCAACACACACUCACUGACAGACACACACACUCACUGUCUGACAGACACAAACUCACUCUCUGACAGACACACAUACACACAGACAGACACACUGACAGACACACACUCACUGACAAACACACACUCACUGACAGACAGGGCCAGAUUAAGAGCCCAGUGGGCCUGGUGCUGACAAUUAUGAUGGGCCUAAUUACAGAGUCUUAUCGACCAAAAACACUAAAACGGUCAUACCUUUCAAGCGUCAUGUAUCUGAUGGAGAUGGUGUUGGAGGAAAACUCAAAGGAUGCAGCUAUAAGAAAACACAUACUCUAUGCUAAUCUCUCUAUCUAAUUUAUUCUUUCAUCUUUCAAGUAAAUCCAUACCCCCUAACAGGAGUGUCCAGUGAAGCAGGAAGUCAAUGGGUGGGGUAAAAGAGUGGGCCACUGAUGCGAAUCACGUGACCAGAACUGACAAAAGGGGUGAACAUGCCCAAAAACGGGCAUGUCUGUCCAAAGAAUUGGAAGUCCAGCCUGGCAUCAGUGUCCCUAUGUAUCACAGUGUCAGUGUCCCCAUGUCGCCCAGUCCCGUAGCCUCCCAGUGUCUGUGUCCCCAUUUCUCCCAGUGUCUCAGUGUGUCUUGUGUCACUAUGUUACUAUGGGACACUGAGAGACAUGGGGACACAGUGAGACAUGGGGACACUGAGAGACCCGCGGUCACUGAGACACUUGGGGACACUGGGAGACAUGGGGGCACUGAGACACUUGGGGACACUGGGAGACAGGGGUGCACUGAGACACUUGGGGACACUGGGAGACAUGGGGGCACUUGUGGAUACAGACAUGGGGGCACUUGUGGAUACAGACAUGGGAACACUGGGAGACAUGGAGACACUGGGAGACAUGGGGGUACUUGUGGACAUAGACAUGGGGACACUGAAAUAUUUGGGGACACUGGGGGACAUAGGGACACAGAGACAUGGGAACACAGACACUGGGAGACAUGGGGACACAGAGACAUGGGGACACAGACACUGGGAGACAUGGGGACACAGACACUGGCUGGGAGACAUGGGGACACUAAGAGACAUGGGGACACAGACACUGGGAAACUAGGGGACACUGGGAGAUUAGGGGGCACUGGGAGCCUAGGGGACACUGAGACACUAGGGACACUGGCUGGGAGACAUGGGGACACUGGGAGACACUGUGUCCCUAGUGUCUCUGUGUCCCAAUUUGUCUCCCUAUGUCUCACAGCGUCCCCUAGUGUCUCAGUGUCCCCAUGUCUACCUGCUGCCUUUCCCCCCAUUCUUCACAUACCUGAGCUGUAGUCUGUCUCUGCAGGAUGGGAGCUGAUAUCUGGACUCUCUGUGCUGUGUAGCUGCUCCCCCAGCGGAUCAGUGAGUAGAGAGAGGCAGGGAGAUGCUGUAACUUCCUAUUCCUGCCCCUCUCCAUACACAGUGACCCCUACUGGCCAGUGCUGGUAUUGCAGAGUAAUCUCCUUUUAUACUGAGAAAAAUAUUUGCAUUUGUAUUGCCAAGAUUUCUGCAAUACCGUCACGGCCAGGCAGCCUCAAAUACCGGCUGCGCUUUAAAAUACCAGUCAGAUGGCAAACCUAAGAGUAGUGUGUAAAAAAAAAAAAAGUUACUUUUUUUUUUAAAAUGGGCCUAUUCCAUGGGCCUGGGCCUGGGCCUGGGCCUGGAGCUGCAGCUCCAUCAGCCCCUAUGUUAAUCCAGCCCUACUGACAGACACACACUCACUGACAGACACACACUCACAGACACACACACUUGCUCACUGACAGACACACACAUUGACAGACACACACACUAACUCUGACAGACACACACACACACUCACUGACUGACAGACAUACACACACACACACUCACUGACAUGCACACAAACACUCAAAGACACACAGACACACACUUACUGACAGACACACACUCACUGUCAGAUACACACACACUGACAGGCAUACACACACUUACACAUUCUUUGGGAGCUAGUGUGGGUACAGUGGGGAUCUUCUCUCGGAAAUUCUCCUACCUGCUCCUCACACGUGCAGUUUAGUGAUGCCGGGCGCCAGAAUUACGUCAUAUUCCGGCACCUUAGAUCACUACAGAGGGAGAAGUGAGGAGCAGAAGGCUGAGCUCCCUCGCUGCCAUGAGUGACCUCUUUGCCGGGUAAAUUUUAGCAGAGUAGGCACCUGCAAUGUGGGGAGAGCAGGUGCCUACUCCACCUUUACUAAAGUUUACUCAAACCCUUCCAGGAGGCGGGGUUAGCGUCCGGACCCCGUGACUUCCUAUUCUGGAUGUGCGUCUUACAGCUGAUUACUGGCAGCCCCGUUACCCCCAUCUUGGACUGGUGGGGAAUAUCCAGGUUUCCCUAUAGGUAAACUUGCAUCUCUGAAGUAUCGGAAUAAAAUCCAGCUGAUUUGGGAACCACGUGGUGUGACUAAGAUGGCCACCUUGCCGGAGCUUCUACAAUGUUAGGCAGGCCCGGGCCAGAAAUGGAGGGAAUCAGAUUAGGAAAGGUCUGCCAGGUGUUCCGGCACCAGACAAGCUGCCAACCUCGCAUCCCUACUUCUCUUGCUGAACUGUACCGAAGACUCAAGAUGCCACUUCAACUCAUCUUUCUUCUUCUGGGCUCUGGGCCCACCUGGAAUCACAUCUAUCCCACUGUCCACAUACCCGGAGGGAUAUCUGUGUCCUGUGCUGCGGCAGACCCCCAAUCCUGCCAUUCUGAGUAAGGGGAUCAUUGGAGUGUAUGGAGUUGUGGCACUGCAGAUCAAGCUCCACUUGACAGCAGGAAGCCAAGCUACUCCUAAAGCGUUCUGAAGGGGUGAGAGAAGAAAACGUGCCAGGCAUGGGGAUGGGCUUUUUGUUGUGACCUACCUGCAGCAUGGGAUGAUUAAUAGCUGGCGACAUUACUAUGCAUCAACAGCAAUUACUCUUAAAACAUUGGAGAGAUUUGUUUUCUUUUCCUUUUUUUUUACCUUUACUAGUAGCAGCCAGUGGCAUUAUAGUGUAAUUGUUUUCUCUAUUUGACUUAGCCUGGCGUUACCUUGAAAUUGUGCAACCUACAGCUAACACUUUCUAAAGACAAUUAGACUUCAGCAUAAUGUGCUUUUAUCUCUUGCGUAUGCAAUUAUAAUCAUUACUAUUCUAUGUGUUGCACUUAAAAUGUGGCAGAAUAUGCGUUAAUUGUUACUGUAUGACCAUGCUAUGCUACAAUAAAAAUGAUAUAUUGAAAAUAAAAGAAUAAAUACAUCAUCUAUAAAUAAGAUGAAAUCUAAUAUCAAGAAAGGCUGAUAGUCUAUGUUAUUUUACUCUUAACAGUGUACUUUAUUGAUUUUUUCCACUUUUGUCCACCUUUUCCUUUGGAGUCCCACACUUGCCUACUGCACCCAGAUCCUCCAGCUUUGGCGCGUUAUCUGCUCAUAGUCAUGUCAUUGCUGUACUCUCGCACAUGCAUGAGAGAACAUCCACUGAGGACUAUGGAGAUUCCUGUGAGACUGCAGGAGCUUCCAUAGAUCAUAUCUAGCAAUGUGCAAGAUGAUUCCUCACAAUGGCUGCUGGGAAUUGACAGAAGUUGACAGUGAAGCUCUGCUUUUAGUCAACUUUUGUCAGCUUUACUCUUGCCCGAAAGACAAAGUGUCCAUUCUUGGUCUUUGGAUUGCAUUGGUCAAUUAAAUACCAAUGCAGUCAGUAUGAGUAUUUCAUGAAGAUAUUUCCUUUAAUUAAUGUGAGGCCUUGCAAGAGUACAAGGACUAAUUAAAGUAUUUAGAAAAUUGGGCAGACUAGAUGGGCCGAAUGGUUCUUAUCUGCCGUCACAUUCUAUGUUUCUAUGUUACACAACUGCCCAUUUAUCAAGCACAGUCAACAAACACAGUUUGUUUGUUUUUUGGAGUGAUGUCAUGGUGUUGCCUAUCAAAGACCCACAGGAAGGGUAGUCAUUUGGCUGAGUCAAAUGAUCUUACAGUGAAUGGGUAGAUUUUCAGAGACUUAUAGAAAGGGAAAUUAUUGAGAAAAAAACAUGGGAUUUGUAGAUCAUUUGGGUGGUUGACUGAUUGGGCAGAUUUUUGGGAGAAAUAAGGAAAUUCAUAUAGAUUAGGGGGAACUGGCAAAUACUUGAAGUGAACAGGAAGAUUCAGAAGGGAAAUGUGGAGAAGUUUGGUUAAGACCCAGAAUGAAUGAAGAGUCAACUGGCAAAUAAUCAAAAUGGGUUUUUUUAAGGUUUUUUUUUUUAAUUCCUCUCUGGUAAUGCUUAAUAUCAACCUACUGACAAGACCUUCCUCUCUGGGAGUUCCAUCUCUCCUUUCUAUCCUUUUCGCUUCCCAUCACUAGUUUUUAUUUUUCCAUCUCCGUCAACCUCUCCUUUCUUCCUCACCACACUCACACUCAAUCUCACCACACUCACCUGUGUCCAGUGUCUCACACACACAGUUUAUUUCACUUACAGAUUCACACUAUGUGAAAAAUAUAUAUAUAAUAAAACCAUGUGAGUAGAUUAAGUAAAGUCAGUAUUAUAAGCUAAAGUGCAACUUGCUGAAAACCUCUCCACUUCCUAGUUCCUCAAACCACAUAGGCUCAUUCUAUUUUCCUACCACUGUCACUAAUCUGUGUUUCCCAUUGUACAUAUAUUGUACUCUUCAGUGUUAUAUCCCCCUUCAUAUCACUGUCACUAUCCUUCAUGCCUUGUGUCAAAGUUUUGCUUGAUUCAUAAGCAAAGAGUUGAAGAUUAACGGGGUUUGGGAGGGCAGCAAAGAUUUGUACAGUGUGUGAUACACUAAUCUCUGCAAGACCGAGUAUUGCAAUAUUCCCAAGAUGCACCAGGUUGUGAAAGAACCUCUGAGGUGACAAUUCAUCUUUAACUUCUCUAUCCUGUUUUUCAGACAUUUGAGCUAAGAGCUUAUGAAGCAACCAAAUGGAUAACCACGCCACUGGAAGUGGACGUGUUUGGCAUUGGAAUAUAUAAAAGCUUCAGACGUCUAUCUGAUUAUAUCAAUGGAGAGAACUCAGAAGGUGCAACACCUGCUUUUAAUAUUUAUAGUCAAUAAUGUUUUACAAAAGGUCUGUAAGGUACAAUAAGCCCUUUGAUGGUGACCCAAAUACCUGCCAUAGUAGGUUUACCUGGAAGGCUAAGCCAAAUUACCUAUGAGGUUCAUAAAUUAGAAGAAUAAAAAAACAGGCUUCUUGCUUUGGGUUAACAUCAGGAAAUCCAAAAUGAUGCACAAGUGAGGUAUAGUGUUAAAGGAACUUGGCUAACAAUUGAGGAAUGCUGGUGACCCAGUCCAGACAGUAAUGUCUUCAAAUGUAUUGAUUAAAUGGGGCCACAAGCUGAUUUUGGAGAUGGCAGUUUGCCAUGCUGUAGAAGAUGAGGGUGCAUGGGCCAAACUUCUGUUGACUGCUAUCUACAUAAGUUUAUGUGGCCAGGUAACCAAUAUAUGGCCUCAAACUGGUCACAAAUAAUGUAGUCAUUCAGCCAGCAGCCUUUCAUCCAGGAAUCAGGAAUGAGACUUUGGAUGACUACAAAUGUCCAUCAAAGACCCCAGUUAUCACUAACGUAGGAAUCAAAUACAAUCUGGAGUGGUCAGCCUUUAUAGCAAAUAUGCGCCCCUUAGGAAGCAUCUGUUACAUUAUGUUGUGGAAAAACAAUAUACUACCACUGGCGAGGCUAGUAAUAGAAUGGCUUCCAAACUUCAUAUCUCUAUAUAUGUUUACACUCUAUUCUAACUGGUAUAAUUUCUUAACUUACUGUACAUGUCCACUACUAUGAUAUAUUAAAUAUACCAGUAAGCACUAUAAUUUGAAAUGUACACAUAUAUUGAAGAUAAUCUUCUAUUUUUCUUGUUAAGGUUUAACAAUUAAGAUGACUGUCCCUGUGCGGAUUUAUAUUCCAUUUAUAACGCCUCCAGCUAAGAAUGCCACUAUGUCUCUAUUUGUGCCAUCUGCACUGGAAAAUCCACCACUUCCAAAGAGCACAGAUGUUCACCUUGAAAGUUUUCCACCAAUCUCAGUUUAUGUAAAGUAAGUAAAAACCUCCUGGGCAUGUUUUCUCAGAUACAUAGUUGCCUCUUUUUCUACAUUUUGUAUAUCUCUGCUACAAUGAAAAAAAUUUGCAAUUGAGUUUUUUUCUAUUAAGGAUAGGUUCACUACCACUGACAUCUCUCUCAUUAACACAACAUUCCACAGAGAUUAUUUAGCACAAUACUCUCCUUCCUGUGAUGAUGUCCAUUUGGGGGUUUACUGCAAAAAGCUGCAGUAAACCCCCUUACCUCACCCAAACCCCCAAGCUGCAGUAAACCCUCGUACCUCACCCACACUCACACUCACGAAUAAUGAGAGGGAUAUACUUAAUUUUAAAGUUGCUAUUCAAAUAACUAAGUCAGUAUAGGUCCCAGGCCUGAAUGGUCCCAGUUUAAAAUAUUAUAAAACACAUAAACUACACUGACUUAAGCUAGAACAAUUCUAAAUCUUAAACCAGACAAAAACCCUGGAUUACCCCAAUCCCACCAACCUAUUAUGCUGUUGAACUAAGACCUUAAACUGCUACAAAUUACGGUAAAUAGACAUCCAGUUAUUCUACAACCGAACAGUUGUCCAGGAAAAAUAGGUAUCCCAUAGAAGACUCCUGGUCUCUGAGCGUUGAUGCCCAGAGGGUAUUUGACAUAGUCUCCAGUCCAGACAGCACUUAAUGCAGGUUCUUAAAUAUAGGUUUUAAGGGAUCCUUCUCCCAAUCUUGUUUGCAACCUUUAUGAAAAAAAACUCAACUGUUAUCGUAGCAAUGGCUUGAACUCAGCUCCAGUGAUCAUGGGAAGGGGAGUUUGGCAGGAGUGACCUCUUUGCUCCCUUCUUUUCAACUUGGCCUUCGACCCCCUUUUGAUGAUAGGGCCUUGGCAUUUCUGGCACUGAAGGUGUACCAGUUCAUGCACACUAUCAUCCGUGGGUUUCUUUUACCUAACCUGCACCACUAAAGGCUAGGACUCAGCUUUGGUAGUGUAUCCACUGACAAUGCAGGAUAUACUAUAGAGUUGACUCCGGAUACUAAAGGCAAUUCUACCUUCAAAGGUCCACUGGCAAUUACUGAACUAGUAACACUCUAUGGCGAUAGAUGACUGAAGGAAGAGUUACUUCAAGAAACAGACAUAAAAAAGCUUCUUCUUCUUAUUUUACAGGAACCAAGGUUUUUAAACAAUCAGCACACAAUCUACAACUAUAUCAUUUGUUACAGUUCUCUUCCCCCUUUGUGCCUGUCCACCCUGACAAGAAGCAGCUAUAUUCAUUGGCCAGGCUGAUAUCUCAACAUGACAGUCUGUACCACAAUCUGGAGCUCCCAGCUUUCUUAAAAGACCACGGCACAAAGGGAACGUAUUUACAGAUAUUUACACCACCAGGGUUUAGUGCCUGUAAACACAUUUGCCCUAAUUCUCCAGAUUUUUCUUAUGGCAUAUGAGGCAGCUUAGAAUAUAACUAAUAUAUCAAAAUAAAACGCUACAUAGGCCAUAUUGUCACACCACUCAUUGGACUAUUAUAUAAUAAGAAAGAAUUUCCAGUCAUCCAAAUGGUAACACCAUCAUGAAAAAUGACAAAGUUUACAGGUCUACUAUUCUAUAUAAAAAAAACUUGUUCAUUCUCUACCACACAUAGAACUUACAACUGUAGAUAAUUACAUUGCAGUGAUGAUCUUCACUAUCAAUCUUGUGAAAUCUAACGCAUUGUACUUGGGGCCAGCUGCUUCCUGUAACAUUACUUCCUCCUAUGAGUUGCAUCAACCAUUUUCCAUCACCUUGGUGAUGAGGACUGGUGUCCUCAAAUAGAUUGAUCAGCAAAUCUUGAAUCCUUAAUCAGGCAUUCCACAAGUUUAGUUUACUCCAUCCUCAGGCAAAUUACCAACUAUAACGACUCAUGCACUGUACCAAAAAAAAAAAUGGCAUAUCCCCUCUCUACACUCUAAUAGAAAUUACUAAACUAUGCAAACUCCUCCAAGAAGUAACUUGCCAAGAAACACAUUUUCCCAUCCUGUUAACCCAUCCUGCUUACUAUGUGACAGACAAGCAGUUCCACAUGAGAUUUUGAGACACCAGUCACAAGACACAAGUGAAGAGUUGAUAUGAGGUUGCAGAUCUGUACCACUGUUUCUGGUCUGGUCAAUUAAACAACGUAAGAAGGAGUUUGUGACUGGGGUUGGGAGGAGAUGGCUAGUAAGAGGACAGAUUUAUGGUUUUCUUGUAUCUGAGUAUUUUUGUUAAUGUGAUGAUGCCUACAUGGGUAUUCCUUUGCUAAUAAUAAUGCUUUGCAAUUUAUACUUUAUCAGAAAAAAACAUUACACCAAAUAUAAUUUUAUAAUAGUACUUGACAAAAUAUACAGCAACUUUUAGCUGAAAUAUAUCUCAAACUGCAAAAUAUUUUUUCAUUCCAUUUAAUCUUUUAAAAUCGAGCAAUAUCCACACUUUUUUGUUUCGUUAAGCUAAAUUAAUUAACAAAUUAGCAGUCUAUUGUUAAUUAUACUUUAAAAAAAAGAAAGAAAUCCAUCCAUUUUUUUUUUUUUUCAUGAACUUAAAGGGACACUAUAGGCACCAGAACAACUACAGCUUAAUGUAGUUGUUCUGGUGAGAAUAAUCAUUACCUUCAGGCAUUUUAAUGCAAACACUGACUUUUCAUAGAAAAGGCGGUGUUUACAUUGCCCCUAGGGACACCUCCAAGUGGCCACUCCUCAGAUGGCCACUGGAGGUGCUUCCUGGCUCAGGGCUGCACAGUAGGCAGCACUGCCAUUCAGUGUCUCCACGCACUGCAUGGGGACGCUGAAUUUUCCUCAUGGAGAUGCAUUGAUUCAGUGCAUCUCUAUGAGAAGAUGCUGAUUGGUGAAACCAGCAUUUGGUCCUGCCCCCUUGCUAAUUUUAGCCAAUCCAAUGCUUUCCCCAAGGGGGCGGGGUCAGUGCCUGGGACCCAUGGAGAGCUGAAAAUAAGGUGAGUUUUAACAUAUUCUGAGGGAGCUUGUCGGGGGUGGGUGGAGGUCACCUAAAUGGUGGGUCUUGCACUAUAGAGUCAGAUAUACAUGUUUGUGUUCCUGACCCUAUAGUGUUCCUUUAAUCAUCAGCUAUGAGGUUAAUGGGAGCAAGAAACCAGGGUUUGACUGUUGCCUUAACUAACCUUAAUUGCUAUUAUUGCAUCAAUAUUAUUUAGGAUGUAAAAUAAAAAAAAAUAAAAGGUUUCACUAAAAAAUAACCCUUCUACGCCGAUCUCUCCUAGUUUCUGUCGUUUGCAAAAUAUGUCUAAAAUAAGCUACAUCUACUUCUUAAUUUUCAGGUCUUUUGGUGGCUAUGCAAUGAACUCAGACUAUGAGAAAAAAGCUAAAAUAUUGUCAAAAGAGCUGACAGAUCUGGCCUUACAGUUUGAUAAUACCUUUGGUACAGCGGCUGCCUACAAUGAUCCACUUACAUUUUUUAAAAGACACAAUGAAGUGUGGUUCACAGCUCAAUAA